AUGUUACACACUGUUGACAGAGAUGUUUUCAAAAGACAACCGAUCAGUUUUGAUAGCCGAGUUGUACAACAAAAUACUAAUAUAAAAACUAGAAUUAAAAACACUGAGAACAAAUUUGUCCAGGGGCCGAAAGGGGACAAGGGUUCAAAUGCCCAUCCUGGCGGGGUCAUCGUACCUGACAGUAAUGGACUUCCCACUGGAUUUAUCGAGGGACCGCCCGGUCAGCCCGGUCCACCCGGAAUGCCAGGAAGGAAGGGUGAUGUCGGCCCAGCUGGCCUUGUCGGUGAGAAAGGGGACAAGGGUGAAAAAGGAAGAAUCGGAAGGAAAGGAAAAGAGGGAGUCAUGGGGCCAAAGGGUGAUAGUGGUGCACCUGGUAGAGAUGGGCAGAAAGGAGAGAUGGGCGAUCAUGGAAUACCAGGUUCAACGGGAAAAGAUGGAAUUCCGGGUUUGAAUGGCUUUGAUGGUAAAAAAGGUGAAACCGGGCCAAUGGGACCCCAAGGGUUUCCGGGUAAAAAAGGCGAAGUGGGUGAUCCGGGAAAUCCGGGUGAAACGGGAUUAAUGGGACCAAGGGGACCACCAGGAACCCCGGGUGGUUCCUCGCAUAUGCAAAGCAAUGGGUCAACUAACUACAUCAUUGGACCACCCGGACCGCCUGGAGCAUUGGGGCACCCAGGAGUUCAAGGCAUACCUGGCAUUAAGGGUGAGCGCGGUUACGUUGGAGAGAAAGGAGAGUCCGGCGUGAAAGGAGAGCGUGGUGAUGAUGGCCCGAUUGGACUGCCGGGUGUGAAUGGAAUGUCAUGUAAAGAUGGAAACCCAGGGGCUAUUGGCCCUCCUGGUUCAUCCGGCCCUCCAGGUAACGCAGGUGAAAAGGGUGAAAGGGGUGAUCCAGGUAGAUACGGAGACCCCGGACCUGUCGGACCGCAAGGGAAUAAAGGUCGACAAGGAGAAAAGGGACCCAGGGGAAAAUCCGGCCGAAAAGGUCCAAAAGGUGAAAAAGGCGACCAGGGCAUACCAGGACUGGAUGCACCCUGCCCCAUCGGGGAGGACGGUCUUCCUGAUUGCGGAUGGAAGUACAUGACUAACGAAAUCGAGUGAAUGAAUGAAUGAAUGAAUGAAUGAAUGAAUGAAGAAAUGAAAAGAAUGGUUGAUAGAUCGAUUGAUUGAGUGAUUGAUUGAUUUCUAGGUGAUUUUUCAUUAAUUAUUCGAUAAAUAAUUAAAAUAAAUUCUGUCUAUGAUAUUUUUAUAAACUUUUAAAACGAGCGUAUUAAUAAAGAAGGCCUUCAAUGUUGUUAGUUUAUUGACAAAUAUUUUUAUUUUGUUGUCUUCCAAUAAAUAUUCUUCCCAACUUGUGU